CCCUGGCUAAAAGAAGCCGGUUAACAUAAAGUAGAAUAAAUGGAAGCGGGAAAAUACAACGCUACACUCCAACGUACCUAGAGUAACGUUACCUGAAGUUUACCAACCUUGACAUUUAUUUAUUAAUUUGUUACGAACCUUGACAUUUAUUUAUUUGUGUUACCAACCUUGACAUUGAGCAAGCGCAGUUUGGCUCCUCCACGUGCUCGUGCCAGGUGACAGGCGGCCGCCUGCUCAGAGCCCGAAAUAAAGGCUGAUACACGGCCCGCGGUGCGACGUUAAUGCUAGGCUGUGUUGAUGUUACAAACUCGUAGAGUGAGGAUUAAAACAUUAAAAUGAGAUGAUCAGUAGCAAAUAGUAAAACCAAAGCGGGGACAAAACUUCAGUUAUAGGCAACAGUGAACAUGUAGGUUUUGUCUACAACUGGUACCAACAGUGUGCCCAUGUGGACAUGCAGAGGUACUGGUGGCCAGGUUAUGAGAUACAGCUUCUUAGAGAGCUGCAGAGACAACAAAACAACGCCCAAUUCUGUGACACCCUGUUGCAAACUGAGGGUAUUUCAGUCCCAACCCACAGUUGCAUCCUCGCAGCUCUCAGUCCCUACCUGUCUCAGAAGCUGUCAGCCUCCCCGUCUCCUCCAUCGGGCCAGAAGCGCCAGCUCCAUCUCCAGGCUGUGAAGGCCCAGACCCUGCUGAAGCUCGUUCGUCUUCUGUACUCUGGGGAGCUGGAGGUAAUUGGAAGCGUAGAGCAGAAUGACGUGCUGUCUGCAGCCCGCCAGUUUGGGAUCACAGACCUUCUUGAGGGACAGAAAGAUGGGGGGAUGAAGGAGGGAGAACUCCAGGAAAAGAGUUUUGGGAGUUGCAGAGAGAGGAAUGAAAGCAGGAAAAUGCAGGAUGCACAAGUUCUGGCCGAGAUGCCUGGAAGGAGAGAUACAGAUUCUCCGAUUGAAAAGAGAAGUUGCGUAUCCACAGGCACACAGACUGUUAAAGCUGGUGAAAAGACAGUGUGCCGUUCUUUUACUCACUCCGGCCAAACUAAACCUCCAACCCCAGAACCUGGAUCCUCUGUAGCUCCAAGUUUGGAUUUUUUUAUGUCAUCACAACCCCAAAAUAUCACACUUGAGAAAAAUGUUUGCUCCACUUCUUUCCCACCCGUUCCCAGCAUGCCCAGUGGAGCACCAAGCGAUGGAGAGUCUACAUUGGACGGAUCCUCUGACAGUGUAACAGAUCCCAAGUCAACUUCAGCUUUGUCCAGCAACGUGAUGACCUUCCCCAUUUCUCUUAAUGAUAACUCAAACUCCCCGACACCUCGGGAAGAGUUUGAGUUUGGGGACAGCAUACAGGUGUUGGCUAAGGAAGGGACAGGAUUGGAGGGUGGAAAAAUGGCUGACAAUAGAGAAAAUAGAGAGCAGCCAAGCCACGCCAACAGAGAUGAGGUGCUAGGAGAGGAAAAGGGAAACUCUACAGAGAAGAGGCAUGCACAUGCAAAUGUAGGGAUGAAGAGCCUGGCUAAGAUGAAACAGAUGCAGCGCAUGGUGGAGACCACACAAAUUUCUAUCAAAGUGAAGCUGAGGAGGAGGACUAAAGGAGAAGUGUGGGAGGUUGUGAGCGUGAAAGACACAGAUGAGACGUCAGUUCUUACCUCCCGGAAACAGGAUGUCUCCAACCACAAAAGGCCACAGGUCGACCUUACAAAUGGUGAGCCUCCUCCCUCUUCUGUCCAGCCAGGCCCAAUUCAUGAGCCGAUUCUUCAGCCUGCUACCACCAACUCCCCUGAACCAGCACCUCACCCCAUCACCACCUCUGACUCCCAGCUUCUCUCUAGUGACUGCUUCACCCCAAACCAAAACGAUGGCCUCGAGUCAGUCCCACUCCCCCAGCCCCCAGGCCCUGUAGAGGAGUCUGAUGAGCAGAUAGAGAAGCUGUUGGAGGACAUCAUGAUGGGCCUGAACAUCCUGCCAAACUUGGAGAGGGACUGCAAGAAGUCUCAUCACCUUCAACCGAGCCAUGACGGAGCCCCAGCUACUUGCCAGGUCCUGGUUACAGAGAAAGACGGGCCGCAGAAUCAGAUGCAUGCUGCAGUAAGUGCAGCAGAGUGUGCGUAUUACCAGGAUUUUGGGACACAAAUUGGUCACUCAUCAACAGAUACAGGUAUCCAUUGUUGUUUUACAGCUCCGAACCAGCCCAGCUGCUCAAGCCUUUCAUCUGUACAGCCGGAUGCUGUGCUAAGCCAGCGGCAGUGCUCUCCUCAGUGUCACUCAGCUGUCACAUCCGUGGGGCAAACAGAUGGAACGAGCCACCAGGGCAUGCCGCUGUCCAAAAGUCAAAAUUGUCCAUAUCCUGAAGCACCCACAGCAAGAUCAGACAUACCUACAGCUUGCUACUCUAGUGGGCAGAAACUACAUUACCCAGCGUGCCAGGAAACGUCCUCACAAGACGAUCAGAGCAUCCUAGAGUUUUUACCCCUGACGAAUGGAAAUGAGGCACAGGCCUCGCUUUCUUUCUCUUUACCCUGCAUGGAUGAUUUGCGGCUGCCUCGAUUACUCUCUCCAUUAGAGCCAUCUACCUCAGCAGCAAAACAUCAGCCUAUCCUCAGCAACUCAGCGAACCAUAGCGAUAAAAUUCUGCCAUCUCUACAUGGGCGGCCCUGGCUCACAGAAGUCCCCGCGUCACUACAAUUUCCUCUCAGUGCCAUCACGCACAGAGAAAAUAAACGUGCAUCUUUACCACAGGAUGCAAACUGCAGCUGUUGGUCGAGGCAACGGCAGAAACAUCUGGAGCUCAAUCCACAAAAUGGGGCAAGCUGGGUAGAAUCUUGUACUGUGGAAGAGAGAGGAACGAUAUCCGCUGGUCAUCAAAAUGCGGCAGAACUGAACUCUCACCCCAUGAAGGUGAAGGAAAGUUCAAACUGUAAACAAGGUGAUGCUGCAGCGCCUAAAAGGAGGAAGAUAAAGCGCACAAGUCAUCCACAAGAUGCUGCCGGUUCUCUUUUCGCAUGGAAAGAUGUGAAAGUCAGUGAUGGUCAAAUCAACCUGAGCGUUUGCUCAGUCAGUUUGUCAAGCAACAAUGUGCUGGCGAAGGAAAGAGAAAUGGCCACCAGUUCUUUAACCAUGCCGUACAAAUUUGUAAGGAAACCAAGUGAAUCGUCAGCCAUCACAGAAAGUCUGAGAGAGAAGACCAGAGGGCCUGGGGAUCUCAGUUCUGACCAGACUCGGAUCAGGACCAGGGGCUUUUUGAAAAAAACGCGAGAGACACCAAGUGACACAAGCCUAGAAAAUUCUUCAGUUUUAAAACCCGUGGCCCGUACAGCUAAGAUUGUGUAUAAACAAGAGGUCUCACUCCCCAGGCGGAAACGUGGAAGGCCACCGAAAGUAAAGCUUGAAAAUAAUCCUCCAGAGAGCUCUCCUGCCAUCACGGAAAAGAAGAGCCACAAUGUGGAAAGUGAGCACCAAAUUGACAACAAUUUGCCAAAGGAGGAGUGUGAAAAAUCAAAGAGACGGUGUAAAAAACAGAGGAGGAAUAGAAGUGAAGUGGAAGUAAUUCCACCAAAGAAGACCACAAGUGCUGAGAGCACGGGCGAGGCCGAGCCAGACAAUAACAAUGAGACAAUCCCAGCAGGGAGGAAACUUGGGACACCCAAACGGCCACGGGUGGUCAUCCUAAAGGAGUUUCAAAAGCUUAUCAAACACCAACACUCAAGAACAAGGAAGUCAAAAGAAAGCCAGGACAAGGAAAAAAAUGAAACUGCAAGAGAUGUCGAAGAAGAAUUAACUAAGGAGACAGAAAUGGACAUAGACGUUACUCAGUCUCAGAACAGGGACGGGAUUGAAGAGUCUCACGUCAUCUUCAAUGUCACGGUUGAUAAAAAUCACAAUGAAAUUUUCAACAAAUCACAGCUAGAUGACUCAAACAGCUCUACUAGUAAGGAGACCAGUUUGUUUGGUGACGAGGACCAUCCGCUGUUUUCCUUUGACGUCUUGGGAGAAGAGGUGGCCAAGUUAGCAGCUGAGAGGGAGCAGCCAUUGAAGAAUCCUGAUGAAGCACGAAAAGCCUGUGAUGCAGGAGUGUCAAAUACUGGGGGGUACGUGGUUCAUAGCAGUCGGCUGUGUUGUGACACCCACCUCCCUCAAAACGACAAAAUGCCUUUGGACCACAACUUGAACCCCCAGACCCCUGAGGGAACUGGUCCCCCUCUGUCGGACACUGUUGGGUUCAGCACAAGCUCAGGUUGUGAUCAAGAAGGAGGAGAGGAGGAAGUGGAAGUGGACGUUCUGCUUUACUCCCCAGACAAAGUGCCUCAGAUCAGCGAAUGUGAGAAUGGACUUGACAUGGACAUAAAUCCAGAGGAAGAAGAGGAGGAAGAUGUGAACGAGAUUGAUGUGACUGGAGAUGAGGCAGAGUAACCUUUGUACGUGUGCAUAGUUUUUACUAUGCUGCGUGACUGCGUCAGCACUUUGGUGUGCCAAGCCUAAUGUUCUCUCUGUUCUGGUUUUAUGUAUGUUCACAGAGAUGCCAGAUGAAGUCCAUUUUGCUGUGAAGCUAUGUAUAAUAGAUUUUUAUGUCCUUCCUUUUCUGUUUUCAUUCCAUUUACACGGUUCAAAUGGAUGUUUAAUUUCCAUUAAUAAUAUGCUAACGCAUUGGUACAAAUAGGGGAAAAGUUCUUACUGUUGUUCACAUUUACCAUUUAUAUUUGUCAGUAAUUUUAUUAAUUUUUCAUUUUCAGUAAAAUUUGAGUUGUCAGACUGAUUAUGGUAACAGCACUUAAGUGGUGUUUUGUCUCUCUUAAGUAACCAUUGUAGAAAAUAAAUUUAUUUUGAGCCUGUAUUUGUAAAGCGCAUUGUAUUUUAUGUAAAUUACAUAAUUGUGGUUUAUUAAAAAAACAUUUUUUUUC